GACAAGAGGCGGCAAAACUUCCCCCGAAACAUUUCGCCGUCCCGUCUCCCCUUCUGCUGCUCCUCCUCCCGCCUCCCGCGCGCUCCCCUCCUCGCCCCCGCGAGGCCGAGGGUAUCGUCCGGCCGCCCGGAGCCCUGGUCGACUCCGGUGGGCGCCCGCUCUCCGCGCCUGGCUUUCUUCCCCGGCCCCGAGGCCGGCUCGCCGGCGGCGGAUCCGUCGCCGGAGCUAGGGUUUCGCGGCAUCGGGCGUCGCCGCCGCCGAGAUCUAGGGUUUCGAGCUCAGGAGCGGAGUAGGAUUCGUGGAUUAGGUUUUGCGGUUCCGUUCCCGAAUCCGUGCUUGAUCCGCCGCGCGCCCCUGUAUCUUUAUUCGAGCCGCGGGCAAAAAAGAGCGUCACUUCGCCAUCGCCGCCCUCCAGUGCUGCACCAAGGCAGGGAAAGGUGUAAAUUUCCUAGGGCUAGAUCAAUAUUGAACCCGACAGCUACCACUGCUGACGAAUAUCCCAAAAUCAUGAAAGCUCCCCAGCAGCACCGUAAACCAACUGAUACAGAAGCAAAGGUCAAACAUGGUGGUGAUAAGUUGCAUUGCCUGAAGCCAGGAAAAUAUACCAACAAAUCAUCAGGCAAUAUAGGGGCAAAGUGCAGAAGAGAAGAUGGUCAAUUGUUUACCGGCAGUAAGAUUGCACUGAAGGGUGGUAGCUUUAUGGAAGUACCAUUUAGCAAUUCGACAAACUUAUCUGCUCAACCACCAAAUUAUUCUAAAAAGAUGAAGCUUCAGUUUUUCCCAAUAGAUGAGGCGAUUCAAAAGGUUCUACAGCAGGAGAAACACAAUCCUUACCUGGAGUUGACCUUGGCUCCUCGAAAGAAGAUGUCCUCAAUUGUGCAACAUCUGAACACAAAAUGGGGCCGUUCUAGCUGCGCAAAAGGCGAGCUCAUGCUCUUCCCAUAUGGUGCUAGGCCAGAUAGCUUAGUUGGCAGUGAAAAAUGGACUGUUAAUGAUUCUUGCACUGCUGCUGAUGUUUAUGUUGCUGUUGGCAGCCCUUCAACAUUUCGCUUAAGGUAUGGAUGGUUUGAGCAUAAUUUGAAGCAACAGAGCAGCGAAGAAUCUUUGGCACCCGUGCACUCUGCAGAAAAGACCAUCGGUGACAAACCUUCAGAUCAUUUUGUGUUUCCAAACAAACCUUCAGAUCCUUUUGAGUUUCCAAACAAACCUUUAGAUCCUUUUGAGUUUCCAAACAAACCUUCAGAUCCUUUUGAGUUUCCAAGCAAACAUUCAGAUCCUUUUGAGUUUCCAAGUAAAUUUACCAGUCCAUCCGAUGUGUGUAACACAGAACAGACUGUGGUGGAUAACCAAAGCAAAGUGACGCCUCUCUCAUGGAUAGACUGCAUAUCCAAUAUCAGUUUCGGAGCACUCUUAUCACAGGCUGUACCCUCUCAAGACAGUAAACAACCGCCUUUGCAAAGUAGCUCGAUUCUCCAGCAGAUUCCUGCUACGUGCGAUUCAUUUGAUGCUGCUAUUGCCUCCUUGAUUGCUCACCAGCAAACAAGUAACCAACCGAAGGUCUCAAAUCCAUCUGUUUGGGAUGCAGAAGAAACUUGUCAUGCAUUUCCCCGGAAUCAAACUUCAGCUAGGAUGUUCUCUUCAGCUCAUGGCAACAGUAGUGCUAUUACCUCGUCUAUCCUGGGUGCAAUUCCUGAGUCUGAUACAGAUGGCAACCAGCGUUGUUCUACUGAAGGCAGGAAAAAGGAAUCAACCCCUCAGAUACAAGGCUUGGGCAAUAAUGAUAAUGUGAAGCCAGAUGUGCCAAUGCCUGAAUCCACCGGUGAGCCAGAGCUCGGGGCAUUUGACUCUAGGCUUUUGAGUGGAACCGACAGUUUAGGUCUAAGCGGCUUGCUAGCAAACAGCUUGGAUGCAUUUCCGAAGUUCACUGUUUCGUAAGGCUCAGAAAUUUACAUCGAAGACCUGAAGUUAUAGAUCCUGUAAAGAUCACCAUUUGGUUUCUUGCUUCAAGAACUGAUUACUUUUGGGCUUACUGAAGCUGGUCGUGUAGAUAAUCUGUUAACGGCCCAUCUUAGUCGCAUAAACUUAUUUCUUACUGAUCGCUCGCUACUUGCGCGAAUUCUGUAUUUUCAAAACUGUCCAUAAUCUGCUCGGCUGCUUACCAUUUUCUAUGCAUCGUGUAUUUUGUCAAAUGUUUUACGAACAGACAUUCUCUUUGAAACUUUGGACUUGAAUAUCUGUAUGUAAAACCGGAGUGGGCUUACUUGUGAAUGGCUUACUGAAAUUGACCAAUUUUCUUCACCGUUA